GUUUUAUUGUUUACCAUGGGAGACCCAGUUCAACUAAACAGCCAGAAUAGGACAGACUCAUAUACCAUUCUGAUCUGGGUGCAUUUCUUCAGAAGGAAAACUGAAGACUUUAAUAACAAACCCUCCAAGGUCAAAAUGAAUACAGAUAGCGGUGGGUGUGCUCGCAAACGUGCUGCCAUGUCUGUUACAUUAACAUCUGUGAAGAGAGUUCAAAGUUCUCCAAACCUAUUGGCUGCAGGACGUGAUCCUCAGUCCCCAGACUCAGCUUGGAGAUCUUACAAUGAUCGAAAUCAGGAGACACUGAAUGGAGAUGCUACAUAUUCCUCUCUUGCAGCAAAAGGUUUUAGAAGCGUUCGACCAAACCUGCAAGAAAAAAAAUCACCAACUCAGGCACCCCUUCCACCACCUAAAAAAGAGAGCUCUUGUAGUCCCUUGAUAACCAAUCACACAAAGGGUGAAAUUUUAGACCAAUUAGUAACUAACACACAAAGUCCCUCCUGUACAGAGUACUUUUCUAACAAAAAACCUCUUCAGGGAAUGAUGUAUUCUAAUGAAGACUCCGGCCAGACAAUUGUAUAUUCUGAAGAAUCUAACACAACUGUGUCAUAUACACAAAAAAUCACUAAUCCACAACCACCUUCCAGCACUGGUUCCCCACCAAAUGCUGACACUGGUACCCCCUUUCUACAAGAGGACUACAUGCAAGAUUCUCAAACUCGGAGAAUUUCUACAUUGAAACUAAUCCACAACCAGGAUCUAGGAUGUAGCAUCCCCUUUAAUACUCCACAGUUUUCCAAAUCUGCUGAAGUACCAUCAUUUCUCAAAAAGCCUUGCUCACCACCCCCUAACCCAGUGCCUGAGAUACACACAGCAUCUCUUUCCAUUCAGAUAGCUCCCCUUUCAGGACGUGAUCCUGAAAGCCACAAACAGCUACCUGAGCUUUCUCCAGAGACCACAAAGAUACCUCUUCAGCAAGACAGACAAAAAUCUGCAGUUGCCGCAGCCUCUCAGUCCUCAGACUGCCGGCUUGGAAACCAGAACUUAACUGCCAAUGUGCUGGAGAGCCAGAUAACAGUGAAUGGAAACUCUGGAGGGGCAGUGAGUCCCAUGAGUUACUAUCAAAGGCCAUUUUCCCCGUCAGCUUACUCUCUACCAGGCUCACUCAAUUCAAGCAUGAUCAUGCAGCAUGGCCGGUCACUGGAUUCCACGGAGACAUACUCCCAGCACGCACAAUCUCUGGACGGCACAGUGGGCAGCUCCAUACCGCUGUACAGAUCCUCAGAGGAAGAGAAGAGGGUGACGGUCAUCAAAGCCCCACAUUACCCGGGGAUCGGGCCCGUGGAUGAGUCUGGAAUCCCUACGGCAAUUAGAACGACUGUUGACCGACCGAAGGACUGGUACAAGACAAUGUUUAAGCAGAUUCACAUGGUGCACAAGCCAGAUGAUGACACAGACAUGUAUAAUACUCCUUAUACAUAUAAUGCAGGCCUGUACAACUCACCCUACAGCGCUCAGUCACAUCCUGCUGCAAAGACCCAGACCUACAGACCCCUCUCCAAAAGCCACUCUGACAAUGGCACCGAUGUCUUUAAGGAUGCCUCCUCUCCUGUCCCUCCCCCACACGUUCCUCCUCCAGUCCCACCAUUUCGAUCAAGGGAUCGAUCUUCAACAGAAAAGCACGACUGGGAUCCUCCAGACAGAAAAGUGGACACAAGAAAAUUUCGUUCUGAGCCAAGGAGUAUUUUUGAAUAUGAACCUGGGAAGUCAUCGAUUCUGCAGCACGAAAGACCACCCCCUCUCCCAACAACUCCGACACCUGUUCCAAGGGCACCUGGCCGGAAGCCUAUUUCUAUUCCACCACCUGGAGGAAUAACUGGUAGCCCCUCCCCUCCGCCCAGGACUGGCAUCCCCACACCAAGCCCGAGCACCCCGGCUCUCUCUCCCAUCUGGACUGAUCGCAUAAAUCCAGAUGACAUAGAUUUAGAAAAUGAGCCCUGGUAUAAAUUCUUUUCAGAACUGGAGUUUGGACGCCCGCCUCCUAAAAAGGCUCUGGACUAUGUUCAAGAUCACUCUUCUGGUGUUUCCAAUGAGGCCUCCUUGUAUCAAUCCUCUAUAGACAGAAGCUUGGAAAGACCCAGUAGUUCCGCGAGCAUGGCCAGUGACUUCAGGAAAAGGAGGAAGAGCGAGCCUGCAGUGGGGCAGCCGAGGGCCUUGGGGGAUCCCAGUGCAAGCAGGAUGAGCCCCGGUCGAGCCGACCUCCCGGGAUCCAGCGCCUCCCUGACAAAGUCUUUCAUCAGUUCUUCUCCUUCUUCUCCAUCAAGAGCAAAAGGUGGGGAUGAUAGCAAAAUGUGUCCAUCCCUUUGCAGUUACUCAGGGCUCAACGGCAUCCCCUCCAAUGAGUUAGAUUACUGUAACACUUACAGACAGCAUUUGGACGUCCCGCGGGACUCCCAGAGGGCCAUUACUUUCAAGAAUGGCUGGCAAAUGGCCCGACAGAACGCAGAGAUCUGGAGCAGCACCGAAGAAACGGUAUCCCCCAAAAUCAAGUCCCGUAGCUGUGAUGAUCUCUUAAAUGAUGACUGCGACAGCUUCCCCGAUGCGAAAACCAAGUCGGAAAGCAUGGGCUCUCUGCUAUGUGAAGAGGACGCCAAGGAGCCCUGUCCCAUCACGUGGGCUUCUGCCUACAUCCAGGAGGGCCGGGGUAAUGGCAGAUCAAGGCUUCGACACAGGUCAGCCCACGACGCCCCAGGGUUCCUAAAAUUGUACAAGAAAAUGCACCGCAUUAACCGCAAGGAUUUGAUGAAUUCCGAGGUGAUUUGCUCCGUGAAGUCGAGGAUAAUGCAGUAUGAGAAGGAGCAGCAGCACAAGGGCCUGCUCCAUGGGUGGAGCCAGUCCUCCACCGAGGAGGUGCCUAGGGACAUGGUACCCACCCGCAUUUCUGAAUUUGAGAAGUUGAUUCAAAAGUCCAAAUCCAUGCCCAAUUUGGGAGACGAUAUGUUGUCUCCUGUAACCCUAGACCCCCAACAAAAUGGGUUAUGUCCCAAAAGGCGAUUUUCCAUUGAGUCUUUGCUGGAAGAAGAAAAUCAAAGUCGACACCCUUCUCAGGUACAACAAAGCCACAAGUCGAAAGCCCUGGUGCCAAUUCACAUCGAAGUCACCAGUGAGGAGCAGCCGAGAACUCAUGUGGAGUUUUCUGAUAGUGACCAAGACGGGGUUGUGUCCGACCACAGUGAUUACAUCCAUGUAGAAGGAUCCUCCUUUUGCAGUGAGAGUGACUUUGAUCACUUUUCUUUCACAUCCUCUGAAAGUUUUUAUGGCUCCAGCCACCAUCACCACCACCACCACCACCACCAUCACCGGCACCUCAUCAGCUCCUGCAAAGGGAGAUGUCCUGCAUCCUACACCCGAUUUACCACGAUGCUAAAACACGAAAGAGCUAAACAUGAGCAUCCCGAAGAGCCCAAAAGACAAGAAAUGGACCCUGGCCUUUCUAAACUUGCAUUUCUAGUCAGCCCUGUGCCUUUCCGAAGGAAAAAAAGUUCCACUCCCAAAAAACAGACUGAAAAGGCAAAAUGUAAAACGUCUGUAUUUGAGGCUCUGGAUUCUGCCCUUAAAGACAUUUGUGACCAAAUUAAAGCUGAAAAGAGAAGGGGAAGUUUGCCAGACAACAGUAUAUUGCACCGUCUUAUUAGUGAACUGCUGCCGGAUAUUCCCGAAAGGAAUUCCUCACUUAACGCUCUGAAAAGGAGCCCCAUGCACCAGCCUUUCCACCCACUGCCUCAAGAUGGUGCUAUUCAUUGUCCAUUGUACCAGAACGAUUGUGGGAGAAUGCCUCACAGUGCCUCUUUCCAAGAUGGAGACACCACCACCACCAGCUGCCACCACCAAGAUCAUGAGAAUGCACUGAGUCUCCAAGACCGAGAGUCCCCUAGAAGUUACUCGUCCACUUUGACUGACUUGGGGAGAAGUGCACCAAGGGAAAGAAGAGGAACUCCAGAAAAAGAGAAAUUGCCUGCAAAAGCUGUUUAUGAUUUUAAGGCUCAGACAUCUAAGGAGCUGUCAUUUAAAAAAGGAGACACUGUCUACAUCCUCAGGAAGAUUGAUCAAAAUUGGUAUGAGGGAGAGCAUCACGGGAGAGUGGGCAUUUUUCCAAUCUCAUACGUAGAGAGACUCUCACCUCCUGAAAAGGCACAGCCUGCGAGACCACCUCCCCCAGCCCAACCUGGAGAAAUCGGAGAAGCUAUAGCCAAGUAUCAUUUCAAUGCUGACACAAAUGUGGAGCUCUCGCUGAGAAAGGGAGAUAGAGUUAUUCUUCUUAAAAGAAUUGAUCAAAACUGGUAUGAAGGCAAAAUUCCAGGAACCAACAGACAAGGCAUCUUCCCGGUUUCCUAUGUAGAAGUUGUGAAAAGGAAUACAGCCAAAGGUGCUGAGGACUACCCCGACCCUCCAAUACCCCACAGCUUUUCUAGUGACAGAAUCCACAGCUUAAGUUCCAAUAAGCCACAGCGUCCUGUGUUUACUCAUGAAAACAUUCAAGGUGGGGGGGAACCGUUUCAGGCUCUCUAUAACUAUACUCCUAGGAAUGAAGAUGAGCUGGAGCUCAGAGAAAGUGAUGUCAUUGAUGUGAUGGAAAAAUGUGAUGAUGGAUGGUUCGUGGGAACCUCAAGAAGAACCAAAUUCUUUGGUACUUUUCCAGGAAACUAUGUCAAGAGGCUGUGAAUCACUCUCCCUCUUUAUUUAUGCCGAGUUUCAGCACCACAUCUGCAUAACCUUGCCUGAAAGAUGCCCGCAGGCCUCCCUCUGUCAUGCUUACCGGUUUCCAGUAGAAGUCACCCACCAACACCAUCUCCACCUGCCACCAAACCACCAGCACAGUGACUGUCCCUGCCGAGCCGUGGGGAGAUUGGCAGACUUGUUUCUGCGUGAAAGUGCAUAUUCCUGCUUUCUGCUCUUAACUUUGAAGAGUCAAUAUGUGGGAUCAGAAAGAAAAUCAUUAUACUUAAAAAGGGUUAAGUAUUUGAGGCAAAAAAGAAAGCGUGUCUUGGAGGCUCUCUGGUCCCCUUUGAAAGAUGCUCUCCCCUCAGGCAACCAGAAGAUUGUUUAUUACUAAAUGCUGUGGUUUGCAUUUUGACACUCUGAGCUUGGCAGUCUGUUUUUCUUUCACGAGUUUGCCUAGUGUCCUGGUUUACACGAUAUGACAACUAUACUUCAGCUAUCGUUUGCCUGCACUUAUGCUAUGUUGUAAUAUGCACAGUGAUUACAAAAUCUAAAGCAAGAGUAGGGAAGUUAAUUCGAAUGAGUGUGAUUUUGUUGAUUGAAUGUGAGUUUUCAGAUAAGACUCUUUUUCCUGCAGUUUUGUUUUUUUUUUUUUUUUUUGUACUUUUUAGAAGUGCAAACAGUAAAUGAAUCAGAGCCUUUGGUCAUAAUCAUGAGAAUAUAAGAGGUUUAGCUAGACUACAAAAAAAAACUAUUGUGUUGUAAAGUUGCAUUGCUAUUUUAUAUUAAAAUGUAAUAAUCAGCAUCAUGAACAAUGAGCUCUUAGUGUUUUAUUUAUCUGAGAAAAUUUUAAUAAAAGCAGUGUUAGUGAGAGGUGCAAAGAAUUAUUCUAACAUAGACACUUGAAAGUAUCUGUAAGCAAUAUUCAUAGGUAAGAUUUCACUGUGUGUACACACAUACAUUUGAGAUUGUAUGAGAAGAGACAAUCCAUAUGGUAUGUUGUACAUUUUAUGGAAAUGUAAAAGAAUCCCACACAUUAUUUUAUAGAAAUAGAGCAAUUCAGAAGCAUCACAAGUAUUAAGGCUGGUUUUAGCAAGGAUUAUGAUCAAUACAAUUAUUUUUACUAUGAUGAUUAUUUUUCUUCUAUGGAACUCAGAAUCCUGGCUACAUUCGAGGGCAGGAAUAUGUUGAGCCUGAUUUUCCUGGUGUGUGUAAAAUAUUUCCUCGGAGUAGACCAGGCACUUUUUAGAGGCAAUGUUAAAUCAUUCAGGUUCUAUUUUCUGCCCUGAAGUAGAAAUUUACGAAAUGAUAUUUGGGACCUGAAAGAUUUAACGUGGUUAACAGUGCCUGAAUUACACACACCCCGAGAACUAGCUUUGUAUUUCUUAUGACUUUGCAUAAGAACUCUUCAUCUUUGGAUCUUGAGCACCUUAUAGAUAAAACUUUUUAUGGCAUUUCUUCGGUGGACGGUGAUCGAUCUUUUCACAAUGUACGUAGACUCUAGAAUUUUGUAUAUAUGUUCCCUCUUUUUUUGUACAGACUAUUUAGUUGUUGAGAAAACAGGGGAAUUUCCUAAUUUGGUCUUUAUCCUUCACCUAAACUAAGCUAAAACACUUUCAGCAGAUUAUCUUUCACUUAUCCCACAGAUCAUAAACCCACCUUGAUAGUGCGAUUCUGUAAGAUAGCAUUUAUGCAAAAGUUUAUGAACUUAAAAGAUCUUAGCAGCCAAACUGAAAUGUACAUAAAUAUUGAUUACAGAGGAAUUUCAUUAGGAAGGAAGUAAAGAAACAUCUUUGAGUAGCCUACCUUGAUUGCUGUCAGGUUCACAACCAGCUUUACAUUUUAAAGGCUUUGGGUUUGAAAUUAGAUCACCUGCAUGCAGCUUUGCUGAUAAAUGAAUAAUUAUCUUUGAUGCCAUUAUGAGAAAAGACUUCAAUAUCUGUUGCCUGUCAUAUUUAAGAAAAAUUACUGUUUCUACUCUCUGUAUCUGAUUUUAAAAGGAAAAAUAUUCCUACCUGGCUUUCAGGUCAUUAACUUUGAAUUCUUACAAGCAAAGGUCAUUGUGUUUUUCUUGAAUAGAUAUCUAAUAAAUUUUGCUUGGAAGUAUA